CACACAAUCGCGCACGAAUUUAUGGCCCAAUCAAACAUAGAGAUAUUCGGAGGUGCAACCACCAUUCACAGUUUGGCCAUAAACAAGAGUUCACGCGUCUGCUACGAUUUUGUGUUGCUGUUAUAACGAGCAAUGUAUUUUGGUACUAUCAUCGGCAAGAAUUUGACCCGCUGCUGGAGGAACCACCAGACGGCUCUUAUCUGCAUACUACUGUUGAGUGUAAUCGUCUUGUUCGCCGGUUAUCAUCGCUCGAUGAGCCAACGUAUCGAGAAUCUACGGCUUCGAUUGGAACCUCCAGAGUCGCACGUGUUCGUUGGCGAGGGUGGCUCCUCGAUCCACGAGUACUCACCGUUCCAGCUCAAUCCAAAGCUGCCACCCCCUCCUGGGGACAUGGGCGAACCGGUUGUUUUACCGGCGGAUCUUCCCGAUGCGGUCAACGAGCUGAUUGAGCAGCAGUUCAAGCAGCACGGUUUUAAUCAGUACGUGAGCGAUCUUAUCUCUGUGAGACGACGCCUUCCGGACUAUCGGGACGAUUGGUGCAAACAACCGGGCCGGAACCUGGCCCAUCUGCCUCAGACAACGGUGGUUGUCGUGUUCUACAACGAACCGUGGUCGAUUCUGGUGAGGACGGUUCAUUCGGUUUUGGAGCGGUCUCCUCCGCAGCUGCUUCGCGAGGUUCUGCUCGUGGAUGAUUACUCGUAUUUGCCGGAAACUAAAACUCAACUGGACGAAUAUUUUGCUCGGAGUCCCAAGGUUCGUAUUCUGCGAGCUCCAAAACGUCUAGGACUCAUUCGAGCUCGUCUGCUUGGCGCGAAGAAUGCAACGACCGAGAUUCUGACCUUUCUGGAUGCCCACUGUGAGUGCACUCUAGGAUGGCUGCAGCCCCAGCUGGACCGGGUAGCCCGAGAUCCCACGACCAUUGCCGUCCCCACGAUCGACUGGAUCGACGAGCACAACUUGGCCUUCGUGUCGAACAAAUCCCUCGGCUAUUACGGAGCAACCGAUUGGGGGUUCCAGUUUGCGUGGCGUGGUCGCUGGGAUCGGAAGGUUCAACCGGCAAACAAGCUGGAACCGUUCCCGACGCCCAUCAUGGCCGGAGGCUUAUUCUCGAUCAACCGGACCUUCUUCGGCCAUCUCGGGUGGUACGACGAAGGCUUCGAAAUCUACGGCGGUGAAAAUGUGGAACUCUCGCUCAAGGCUUGGAUGUGUGGGGGACGGAUCGAGACGGUUCCGUGCUCACGGGUUGGCCACGUCCAGAAGGCGGGUCACCCGUACCUGCGAGUGGAAACUACCGACUGGGUUCGGAUCAACACGGUUCGCGUGGCCGAAGUGUGGCUCGAUCAGUAUGCUCAGGUGGUCUACGACAUGUUUGGGGGGCCACAAUUUCGCGGAAAUUUUGGUGACGUUUCGUCGCGCAAAAAGCUAAGAGAAUCUCUCAAAUGCCACUCCUUCCGGUGGUAUCUGGACAACGUGUUUCCUGAGCUGGACGACCCGGAAGGUCGUGGGGUAGGCCAUGGUGAAGUCAUCAACUUGGCAGCUGGCGCCACCCGUUGCCUUCAAUAUCCGACGGCUGAGGGCACGUUCGGGCUGGAACGUUGCAACGGUGACUCACGCCAGCACUGGGUGUACAAUAUGCUCGGGGAGUUGAGUACGAACAACACGUGUUUGGAUUUCACCGGAACGGCGCUGGCCAUGUACAAAUGUCACAAGAUGCGAGGGAAUCAGGAGUGGCGCUACUCCAAAGAGAGCAAGCAAUUUACCAGUGUGAAACAUAAUUUGUGUCUGGGAAUUGAUGAGAGAAGUGCAGUGACUGUGGAAACUUGUAAUACUCAGAAAGAAUCUCAACGGUGGAAGUUUCCCUAUUUGAACCUUGAAUGAAUAAACGAAUUAUAACA